AUGCGGGGUCCUCUAUUAAAUUUCCCAAAUUCCUCUGGUGGACAUUUAAUUAAACGCAUGAUCCACUAUUUCUCCAUAAGUUGGGGUUUUCGUGAAAACAUUGAAAAGGAUAGGAUUACUCAAUGGGUAAUGAGUAUGGGUACUUUAUUCGGUGUUUCACUGUCCACAUUGCUACUUCGUGAUAGUCAGUUGACAAAUGAGGAGAGUAAUAUACCUCUUGUUUUUCAAAAAUUACUGACUCAAUUGACGAGGCGUGGAGUUAAGGAGGAGGGUAUCCUCAGGGUCGGUGGACAUAAACACAACGUGGAGGCACUGUGCAGUGAGUUAGAGAUGGACUUUUAUAGUAAACCUAAGGAGACUGAUAAGUUGUUUCAACGGAGUCCUUGUCAUGAUUUGUCAGCUGUGCUGAAAAAGUUGUUGAGGGAUUUGCCACAACCCUUGUUGACAGUUGAACUUAUUGAUACUUUUUAUCAUCAUGGUGUCAAGAAUCCCAAUGGAUUGUCGUACGCUUUGAAUCUUCUGGUAUUACUGCUACCAGUGGAACAUCGCUGUACCCUCAAAGAAUUACUAACGUUUUUCAAAUUAGCCGUGGAGAAUCAGAGCUCAAACAUAAUAUCGAUUCACAAUGUUGCUAUGAUUGUUGCACCCUCGUUAUUUCCCCCGCGAUAUAUUUAUCCGCGUGAUCGUACUGAUCUAAGUGCUCAGGUAAAUUUGGCCGCUGUUUGUUGUCAGGUAACAGAGGUUUCUAAACUGUGGGAUGUGCCUAGUAAUUUAAUCGGCCAGUUGCGUAGACCGUACGAGGAGCGUUAUCGCAAGUACAGAAAAAAAUAA